UCCGAAAAGAAUUUGAUCUAAACCGCCCUCAACUAUUUCAAAACCACUGUUCAAAAUCUCUUUGAAUACAAAGUGACAGAAAAUGCGAGGAAUGGUGGUAAUGUAGUAAAUGGAUCGCUCCCAAUCCGAACAAGAUGGCCACCAAAAGCAAAAGCAAGACCACCACUUUAUGGAAAUCCCAGAGUUGGACGACGAUCCCUUCACGGAAGAAGACCUCCAAGCCAUUGAAGCCGCAUUCGAAGCUGCGACUUCCUCUCUCCCCAAAAAGCGAAGCUCCAGUCCAGAAGACGACGGCCCCGACCACAAAACCCAGCAACGCCGCCAGUCCCAGAGUGCCCGACGCCGACUGCGCAAUUCAGUUCUCGCUCUCCAGCAUCCAAACGCAUUCCUUCUCUCGCCUUGCCGUCAAGCCAAUGCAAGGAUGAAAUAUCCCGUGAUGAUGUUUGGAGGUGAGAUUAAAUAUAGCAGAACUGCAGUUGAAGUAGAGAAAGCUGCCUUGGAGAUUUUAAAGAAUUUUCAAGCAAAGAAAAAAGCAGUGGGUCAAAAUGCAAUUGGAUUUGACAUCGAGUGGAAACCCACAUUUAAAAGAGAAACUGCAGGUGUUCCACCUGGGAAGGCUGCAGUUAUGCAAAUAUGUGGAGGCACAAGUUGUUGUUAUGUAAUGCACAUUGUACAUUCUGGAAUUCCUCGAAGUCUGCAGUUACUUCUCGAAGAUUCUUCAAUUUUGAAGGUUGGAGUUGGCAUUGCCAAUGAUUGUCUUAAGGUUUUCAAAGAUUAUAAUGUAUCUACUAAAGCCGUAGAAGAUCUUUCAUAUCUAGCUAAGCGGAAGGUUGUUGAAGGUCUGCAGAACUGGGGUCUUGCAUCUCUAACUGAGAAGCUCAUUUGCAAAGAGCUUUUGAAGCCCAACAAAAUUAGAUUGGGAAACUGGGAGGCCAAGUUUUUAUCAAAGGAUCAGUUACAGUAUGCCGCAACUGAUGCUUUCGCAUCAUGGUACCUUUACGAGGUGCUACUGGGCCUCCCUGAUGCCGAAAAAGAUACAGCCCGCACCAGAGUGAGGAACUGCGAGCUGUGUCAUUGUGAAUGUUGAGAGUCCCUUCUUAGUGCAGGUCUUUGGACUUCCAAGACUUUGAUUCAUGCCGUUGGUUUGCCAUGACAUGGGAUUAAUUUCGCAACGGUAAUGAUGUUCAGCGGGAGGAGAAAUUUUUUAGUAUGCCCGGAACACGGGCACCUACAGGCUGUAUCGUUGUCUGGUAACAUCAGAGUUUAGUUAUAAAAGAUAUGCAUGAUCGUAUAGUAUCCUGAUUAUGCCUAAAUACCUUUUUAUCAAACUUUUUGUGAUCCAUUUCUUCAUCAUCAUUCCCAAAUCUCUUGGAAUAUGAAAGUUUCUCAACCGAACAUUCCCUUAAAGAAUUUUGUUUGACUACC